GCGCGCAGAAAAACACCGGAGUGCGCCACCUCCAAACGCGCCGCACUUUGGGCCGGAAUACUGCGCAGAAACAGCCCAACUUUGUGCGUCAUGUGAGAGAAACGCGCGCACAUCGACGCGUCCGAGCGCAAACCAGAUUCCGCAGGUUUGAGUAAGUUGGGCUCGUGCUCCGGGCUCUGAUGGAUGCGUUUCGUGACCGGUGACGCGAGAGUCUCUGGAUGCAAACUGCAGAGACCCGCGCGCUCCGGGACGCCCCUCCGCGCGCCGCAGGAGGAGGAGGAGGUCCCCCCGCGCCUCAGGGAACAGUUUAACCCGCGAUUAUGAACUUAACAAGUGACUUUUGCGUUUGGUUCGUGCGCUAAAGCCGCAGAGCACCAUGGGUUGAAGCAGCGAUGAUGGACUGCGGGGAUGUGCAACGUGGGAGGGCGAAGAAUUUUCUGUCUUAUGUAAUGUUUGACACGGACUGAUUAUUAGAGGUGCGUCUCAGCUGGAGCCGCUCCUUCGUCACCCCUUCCCCUUUCCCCCUGGAACUUAUUAUUUUUUUUAAAGCAACUCAAAUGUCUCGGGUCAGAGGAGAUGUUUUACGCGUCAGGCUCCUUCCCAAACGUGCGUAAUGACGCGCGUGCCAAAGUCUUGACCUCCUCUUGGUAAGUGACAGACCUAAAAUGACUUCAGCUCUGACCCUCACGUCUGUUUUCUGUUUGAGAUCUGGACUCUCCUUUUCACCUUGAUGGCCACAAACGCGGGAUGAUGCAGUUUCUUCUCUUGUGAAUUAUGUAGAUUCAUAUUUGUGGAUCUUUUUGUCGCUUUUGUUUGUCCAUAAAUCCUUGAGACAUAAAGUAAACUUUUCCCAGCGCCCGCCUUGGUCCCUCCCUCCCCCCACUCUUCAGGGCUGGUGGGGGGGGGUGGAUCUUAGCCCCGAGGGGUCGUCACCGUGGCGACGCCAGGCCCCAGAGGCGUGAGGGCUGCCAUCAUGGAGAGCAGCCCCGAAAGCCCCAACCGCGCGGUGGAGUACCUGCUAGAGCUCAACAACAUCAUCGAGAGCCAAGCCAAGCUCCUGGAGACGCAGCGGCGCCGCAUCGAGGAGCUGGAGGGUCAACUGGACCGGGUCAGCCAAGAGAACCAGGAUCUGCGGCAGGAGAGGAGCCCGAGGAACGCGGCCCCGGAGCCCCCCGAGCACAACCACAACCCCGAGCACGGCCACAACCCCGAGCACGGCCACAACCCCGAGCACGGCCACAACAGCCAGCCCCUGCCCCUGUCCAUCCACGGACAGCCCCUGCCCCUCUCCAUCCACUCCUCCGCAAACCCGUCCAGCGCCCAGGCCACGGCUCCAGGGACCAGGGAACGCCGGACCCUGAGCCGACUGACCAGAGGACUGUCCUGUGGCUCCAACCCCCCGGACCGCGACCGCCUGGAGCGCUCCGACAGCACAGACACCAACUCCAGCUCCACCAUACGGAGGAAUGUGGAAGGAGACUCCCAGUGUCCAGACUCCAGCUCUCACAAAGACACCUCCUUCGUCCCCUCGCCGUACCUACGCGGCGCUGACCGCUUCACCGACACCUCUGCCCCGGGCUCCAGGGGCCCCACAUGUGUCCCGACCUCCAACUCCGCCAGCUUGGCCUGGGCGCUGCGGACUCGCCACCAACCGGCCAGUCUGGCCCUGCGUAAGCAGGAAGAGGAGGAGAACAAGAGAUGCAAGGCCCUGUCCGACAGUUAUGAGCUUUCAACAGAUCUGCAGGACAAAAAGGUGGAGAUGUUGGAGAGAAAGUACGGAGGCUCGUUUGUAAGUCGCAGAGCGGCGCGUACCAUUCAGACGGCCUUCAGGCAGUAUCGCAUGAACAAGAACUUCGAACGGCUCCGAAGCUCCGCCUCCGAGAGCCGCAUGACCCGCCGCAUCAUCCUGUCCAACAUGAGGCUGCAGUAUUCCUUUGACGAGCGCCAGCCGCAGCAGCAGGCCCAAACGCAGACCAGCUUCACCCACAGCGUGGCCAUCGGACCCCCCCACUCCCCAGACGCAGACUGCUCCGGAGACUACACCCACCUGGAGGACUCCUUCUCCAAACAGGUGAAGUCACUGGCUGAUUCCAUCGACGAUGCCCUCACCUGCCGCACCAGUCGUAAUGACUCUCAGGAGGGCAGCCGCGAGGGCGGGGGCCUGAGCGAGGACUUUGGGGAGUGCGUGUGGAGCAGCGGCAGUAACCCGUCCUCUCAGAGGGGGCUCGGGGACAGGCCCCGGGGUCCCGGCGGGGGGCUGAGUAUGCACGGAGACAGCACCGCCACCUCCUACAGCGACGUCACGCUGUACAUGGACGACGGGAUGCCCUCCUCCCCUCUGUCCCUGGACCGGGCCCCCAGCAGCACAGACACAGAGUACUGGGGCCCCGGGACAGGCGUGGGGGUACGGGAGGACAGCAGGGACACAGAGGGGGGAGGGAGCAGUAACAGCCGCCGCAGCACGCCCUGCACAGAGUGUCGGGACUACAGACUGAGAGGAACUCACCUGCCUCUGCUCACCAUCGAACCGCCCAGCGACAGCUCCGUGGACAUGAGCGACCGCUCGGACCGCGGCUCUCUCAGCAGACAGCUGGUGUACGAACAGGAGUCUGGGGUCUCAGGCUCCCCUCAGGGAACCCUUAAACACUCCCCGGGCACCGGGACGCGCCCCUCGUCUACGGCCGCCGCGCAGGGCCAGACGCGGCCCGCGGGCCGGCCCAUCCCGUCCCACAUCCCUCACCAGGUAGUGGCCCAUCAUCAUCACCACCACCCCAUCCACCACCACCAGUACCCCGACACUCCCUCCUCCUCUUCCUCUCCUCAGCAGCCCCCCACCACACCGCUGUCCUCCUCGUCCUCCACAGUGCUGCCCCCUGGUGGUUUGGAGCAGCCCUGCUGUUCAGACGGAGACAAUGACUCACUAAACUCCACAACAAACUCCAACGAGACGGUCAACUGCAGCUCCGGCUCCUCGUCCCAGGACAGCCUCCGGGAGCCCCUCCCACCGCUGGGCAAACAGACGUAUCAGAGAGAGAGCCGCCACAGCUGGGACUCUCCGCCUUUCAACAGUGACGUGGUCCAGAGACGACAGUAUCGCAUCGGUCUCAAUCUGUUCAACAAGAAGCCAGAGAAAGGGAUCCAGUACCUCAUAGAACGAGGGUUUGUAUCAGACACUCCCGUCGGCAUCGCUCGCUUCAUCCUGGAGCGGAAAGGUCUGAGCCGACAAAUGAUCGGAGAGUUUCUCGGAAAUCGACAAAAACAGUUCAACAAAGACGUUUUAGAUUGUGUGGUGGAUGAGAUGGAUUUCUCAGGGAUGGACCUCGACGACGCUCUGAGGAAAUUUCAGGCUCAGAUCAAAGUUCAAGGAGAAGCUCAGAAGGUGGAGCGGCUCAUUGAAGCGUUUAGUCAGAGGUACUGCGUCUGCAACCCGACCCUCGUCCGACAGUUUCAAAACCCAGACACCAUCUUCAUCCUCGCCUUCGCCAUCAUCCUCCUCAACACCGACAUGUACAGCCCCAACGUCAAAGCCGAGAGGAAGAUGAAACUGGACGAUUUCAUCAAGAAUCUCAGAGACAAUGGGCAGGAUAUCCCGAGAGACUUGCUUGUUGGAAUCUACCAGCGGAUUCAGAAAUGGGAACUCCGGACGAACGAUGACCACGUGUCCCAAGUGCAAGCUGUGGAAAGAGUCAUAGUGGGAAAAAAGCCAGUGCUGUCUCUUCCUCAUCGUCGGCUCGUCUGCUGCUGCCAACUCUACGAGGUGCCCGACCCGAACCGGCCUCAGAGGACCGGAGUGCACCAGCGCGAGGUUUUUCUGUUCAACGACCUCCUAGUGGUGACCAAAAUUUUCCAGAAGAAGAAAACCUCAGUGACGUACAGUUUCAGACAGUCGUUUCCUUUGGUUGAGAUGCAAGUGCACAUGUUUCAGAACUCAUAUUACCCCCACGGUAUUCGCCUGACCUCGGCCGUCCUGGGCGGAGAAAGAAAGGUUCUCAUUGUGUUCAUGGCGCCCAGUCAGCAGGACCGAACUCGCUUUGUGAGCGACCUCAGGGAGAGCAUCGCCGAAGUGCAGGAGAUGGAGAAAUACAGAGUGGAAUCUGAGUUGGAGAAACAGAAAGGUGUGAUGCGCCCGAGCCUGCUGACGGGAGGUGUGGUGGGGGGUGUCGGCCUGAAGAGCGAAGUCGUCAAUGGCUCUUUGGGAAGAACGAGCUUUGACGACAACUGCUCCAUGGGCGAGGGCCUCAAACGCACCGCGCUCAGCUCUUCACUCAGGGACCUCUCCGAGACAGGGAAGCGUGGGCGCAGGAACAGUGUUGGUUCUCUGGACAGUACCAUGGAAGGCUCUGUCAUUAGCAGCCCACAGCCGCACCAGCGUUACGCAGUGCCUGGGGUUGUCUCUGGAUGUUAUGGAUCAGAAGACUUCCGGCCUCACCGCCCCAUCCUGAGCCCCGGAACGGGGGUGGGGGGUGGGCCGGGGCAGCAACAUACCACUGCUGGGACAGGAGUUGGGGGAGUCUCCAGCAGUGUAGAGAGAGCAGGAGCGGGGAGCGGCCCUGGGGGGAGCGGCAGCAACAACAGCGGCUCUUUCCUGGGCUCACUAUUCGGCAGCAAGCGCGCCAAACCACCUGGGCCCCUUAUUCCACCGGGGCCACAGUACCCCGCACCUGUCCCCCCGCCGACCACAGGGGGGCCCCCUCCUCACUCCCCAUCAUCUCUGUGCCAACUAGAGGGGGGCCCUACCAAGAUUCAAGCCCUGCACGCACAGUACUGUCACGCCAACACCGUGCAGCCGCCUCCACCUUACUACCAUCACCAUCGUUACCACGUCCAGCCUAUCCCUCCACCUUUACAAGGAGUAUCCCCUCUUACCUUACAGAGAGGCCCGCUACCCUGUCGGCCCCCCCUCGGCCCGCCGCCGCUUACGCCGCACCCGCAGCUGGCCCAUCUCUCCCAGCUCUCCCAGCAUGGGCUUCAGGGUCGCUUCGGCAACAUGGUGGUGGGGUGUCCCCCGCCCCUUUCUCCUCACUCCCAGCAUUCCCAGAACCCCCUGGCCUUGUACCACGUACAGCCCACACACUCAGUCAGAGGGGGCGGCGGCCCUGGUACCAAACCGCCGCUAACCCUGUCCCAUUCCCACCCGCACCCCCACGCACACUCCCAAACCCACCCCGGGCACGUGCACACACCACACCCGGGUACACACUCCAGCCACCAAACACACUUCAUAUUCGGUACUCUGCCCCACAAUCUACCGUCCGCUACCGUGAAUGCGCAUCACGCAGCCUCCGCCGGCCCGUAUCUGCCCCAGUACCCUCCUCUUUCUUCUAUCCCCCCUCCCCCACCGCACUCCCCUUUACCCCCCCCUUCGUCCCCCCUUACCCCUCUUACCCCUCUCUCCCCUCACCCCCCCCAGCACCCCGGGCCGCCUCAGCAGGCGCCAUCGGCGACGGGGGCUGGGGCGACAGGUACCGCGGGCAGCUCCAAAUCCAAACCUAUCAACCGGAUAAGUACCGUAGUGUGAAUCGGACUUGGUCCCGGAGCCAGCGCUCGGACGAGCGGCUGGAGCACAGAGCCAGGGGGCGGGUCAAAGCGUCUCGCACAGAGAGUAACAGCAGCGGCGUGACGGACAAGAGGAAACGCAGCCUGCUCCGCCUCUGCUACUUCCACCUGCGGUUCCCUCACAUGUAGGAGGAGCCGCGAACAAGAACAUUUGAAAUGCGCCGACACACAAUCAGAAAAGUCUAUAGCCAUAAGAUGAAAAACUAUAUACUUAUAUAUAUCUUGAGUUUGAAUUGUUCAGAGUCUAAUUAAACAUGAUAAGACUAUUUACAUGUGCAGUAUCUUUGUGAUAAUGUGACAGAUCCAGACCAUGUUGUACCUUCAGCUGCUUUACACAGGGAACACAAAAGAAGUCUGCCAGGGUCGCCAACAUGUCUCUGACUUUGCAAUAAUUUACUUGGCUUUAUGACGUCUGUCGAUUCUCGCAGGUCCUGCUUCGUGGCAUUUUUUUUCUCAAACAAAAAAUAGUAAGACCUCAGAUUUUUGCUUUGUUUAAAACUAUGAAACGAGUGCACGGUUUCCUUGUCUUUUGCUUAAGGCUCAGUUACACAAGGCCACCUGGCUUUAAACACAUUAAUGCGGAGUUUGAGACUCAAAGAUACAAUCAUUAAUUUAAUUUGAAUGUUUCCAAAGCUUUUUGCUGUUUUAUUGUUAUUAUAAUAUACCUGCUAUGAGUAUGAUGAAUAUUGUUCUGUUUUGAUCAGUGACUAUAUCGGCAGAUGUAUGUAAGUGGUUAUAGAAAGUUUAUGCACAUAUAAGUCUCCACAUUUUGCCAUAGCCCCUCGAGGGCGAUCUAAUGUGAAGUGUUCCCCCGGUCUUUUUACAAAAUUAAUUUGUAAUUUAUCUAAGUAUUUAAAAUAAUGAAUGUGAUUUUCCAUCACCAAAUCUAAACUUGUUUUGAGGUUUGUGUGUUUAUUACAAACCUUUUCAUAAUUUAAAUCUCAAAUGUGGAAUAGCAGAUUUUUUCUUCUCUGUGCCACCUGUGACCUUUGACCCUUUGACCUUCAUUUUACGUUGAACUAUGUUUUAAAGACGCACGAUUUGACCUGAGGUUUUGUGAUUUUGCACAUGUGAUGUCUGAACUUAAUGGCCUUUUUCUAAUUCUCCCUUUCUUGCCAUUAGAGAUCUUUAUAUAUUUUCAGAUGCCUUUGCAUCCAGAGCAGGGCUUUGUUUGAAAUGUCAAGAAUGUAAAAUAGCCUUCAGCUUUUGUGUUUCCCCUUUUGCUACUACAUUUGAGGCACUGGAGCCUUUUUGGUAACACAGAUGAACAAAGGUCAGACUUCUUAUGGAAACAUUGUCUUAAAAUGGCAAGAAAACUUAGAAGACUUGAAUGAGACUUCUAUGGAGAGAAUGUGAGAUAAAAAUAUGAACGUUUGUGCUAUUCCUUUACCGUGUCUUUGACUCUUUUGCAUGAAUAUGUCAGCACUUAUUCAAUAGAUUAUAUUGUAUAAACCUGAAUGUACAUAAUAUAAUUAUAUAAGCUUCUCAUAACAUAUACUGCCAUUAUGUUUUCAGAUAUGUGCAUGUGACUGCCUGUGUACAUACAGAGAUAUGAAGGCCAAAAGAAAUGAAUUUCUUUUCAUUUAUUAUAAUUUCGACUGAAGGAGCGAGGAUGUGCUAAUGUCAGCAGUGCAACAAUGAAAACUUUACAUUGGUGCAUUUAUUAAAAUUAUUUUAAACACAUGUUUAAAUUGUAUUCAUGUGUGUAUAGGCCUAUGUGUGUUUUGGAAGAAUAGAGAAUUGAGAUGUGAAUAUUUAUUGCUACUGAUAAAUUAAAGUGUCCUUGGAGUG